CCCCCAAAACCCUAAAUUCCCGCCGCCCCCCUUUCCCUUCUCUUCUUCCCUCCCUUCUUUUUUCUUUUUCCCUCCAUUCUUCUUUUUUCAAUUUUGAGACAGAUGAAGUAUAUGCGCAGAUGACGUUACAACCAUUGAGUCCACAAGAGCAAAAGGAUGCGUACCUCCCAGCAGAGUUGGGUGUGCCCAGCAAACAACCAUCGAAUUAUUUCUGUAAAACAUUGAUAGCUAGUGACACAAGUACACAUGGAGGCUUCUCUGUUCCUCGCCGAGCAGCUGAAAAAGUGUUUCCUCCUUUGGACUUUUCACAGCAGCCUCCAGCCCAAGAGUUAAUUGCAAGGGAUCUUCAUGAUAAUGAAUGGAAAUUUAGGCAUAUAUUUCGAGGUCAGCCCAAAAGGCAUCUUCUUACAACAGAAAAAGAGUUGGAAUUACAAAGGCAAACUAAUGCUAGAAAGUGCUCAAGCCUUCAUAGAGGUUGAAAUAUGAAAAUAGCUGCGAGACUCAAGAUUUGGAUAUAUUAAGAGUCAAAGAUCAUGAACCUUGAUUACCACAUCCUUAUCAAGAUCUAGAUGGAUUGCAUCAAAUAAACCUCGAGAGUUUACGUAUAUUUUAGUUUUUUUACUUGUGUUUUUUUAAUUUUAUAAAAUUUUGCACAUGUAAAUAUUUUUAGUUUGUUAUUUUUCUUUUUGUUUUGGAACUUAUCAUAUUUUUCAAAUAUGGAUUGUAAUGUUUGGUACCUUUAUUUGUAUAUGUGGAUAUAACAAAUAUUCUUUUGUA